AUGGCAGCUACAGACCUCAAGCUCCGCCCAGUCAACGAUGGAGCCAGUGGGAGUCGGCCUCUACCGUCUGCUUCGAUACUCAGACCCUGGAUAUUCGACUAUGCGCCCUCGCCAGAUGGGAAGGACGUGAAUCUGCUCAUCAUGUUACAUGGACUAGCAAGGAUAGGCGAUAACAAAGCCCCUUUUGCUCAGCUUGGAAAGAGCCUCAAUCUGCCAUGUACGGCUGUACUGUCAUUGCAGGGACCGCUAGUGGUGCCACUCAUGGAGUCCCCCACCUACUUCUCAUGGUACAAUACCUUUGACCCACUCUUCAAUCCGCUCCCCUCUCCGGACCCCUCCCCGACCCUCAAACCCCUCCGACAGCUUCUCGAAACCCUCACGUCCGCCGAGAUCGGGUGGGACCUGGCCCAGAUCCAUCUCUUCGGAUGGGGUCAAGGAGGCAGUAUGGCCCUCGAGCUAGCUCUUUCGGUCGGAAAAGACGGUAUUCCCUCUCCAGCGGGGGUGGGGGACAAGCGGAAACGUCUCGGAUCAGUCACGUCUGUUUGCGGACCGCUCCUCUCGUUCCCGGCCUCGACGCUGGGGAUAGCUACGCCCAUAGCGUACUUUACGCGGCAGAGUGCCAGCUCGGCGGCCGGCCAGAAAGUGCGCAAGGCGAUCGAGAGGGCGUUCAAGGAGGUGGAGAUUGUGCAGGGGCAGCAGGGCGGAGGGGAGGCGAUGCCGAGAGGAAGGGAAGAGUGGAAGGGGAUCAUGAUGUUUUGGGGCGAGAUGUUGGGGAGGGAUGAGGGGUGGAAGGGGAGUGGUGAGGUGUUUGAGGUGGUCAGAUGA